AUGGCAAAAGUGUCAUGUGACCCCCUGAUAGUUGGGAGAGUGAUUGGAGAUGUGUUGGACGCUUUUAGCCCUACCACCAAAAUGUUGGUCACUUAUGGCAACAACAACAACAAACAGGUCUUUAACGGCCACGAGUUCUACCCUUCCGCCGUUGCCGUCAAGCCCAGGGUUGAGAUUCAAGGAACUACUGACAUGAGAACUUUCUAUACUUUGGUAAUGACUGACCCUGAUGUUCCAGGCCCUAGUGAUCCAUAUCUCAGGGAACAUCUUCACUGGCUGGUGACAGACAUUCCAGGCACAACAGAUGCCUCAUUUGGAAAAGAGCUGGUGUGCUAUGAGACACCAAAGCCAAAUAUAGGCAUACACAGGUUCGUGUUCGUCCUUUUCAAGCAAAAAGGCAGGCAAACGGUGAAAAGCCUCCCGACCAUUAGAGACCACUUCAACACACGGCGUUUUGCAGCAGAGAACGAGCUCGGCCUACCCGUGGCCGCCGUGUUCUUCAACGCACAGCGGGAGACUGCCGCAAGGAGGCGCUAG